GUCUCUCGCCUCCUCACGAUCGCUCCUCUCCGUUCUCUCGGCGCCGGCACCCACAAGCUCCUCGAAAUGGCCAAGUACCAGAUUGUGAUGAUCCGCCACGGCGAGAGCGAGUGGAACAAAUUGAACAAAUUCUGCGGCUGGCACGACGCUAUGCUGUCUGAACAAGGUGUGGCUGAAGCCCAUGCUGCUGGCAAGGCUCUGAAGGAGGCUAACUUCAAGUUUGAUAUUGCCUUCACCUCAGUCCUCACAAGAGCCAACAAGACCCUUGAUAUCAUUCUCCAGGAGAUUGGCCAGACAGACAUCCCCAUCUCCAAGACAUGGCGCCUCAAUGAACGUCACUAUGGCGGUCUUACUGGACUGAACAAGGCAGAGACAGCCCAGAAGCACGGAGAGGAGCAGGUCAAGAUCUGGCGCCGCAGCUUUGACAUUCCACCUCCCCCAAUGGAUGAAGCCAACCCUCAUUACAAGGAAAUUGUUGAGGAUCCUCGCUAUGCUGAUGGCCCCUCCAAGGCAGAAUUCCCCAUGUUUGAGUCUCUGAAACUGACCAUUGCCCGCACACUGCCCUACUGGAAUGAAACCAUUGUACCUGCAAUGAAAGCUGGCAAGAAGAUUCUCAUUGCUGCUCAUGGCAACUCACUCCGUGGCAUUGUUAAGCAUCUGGAUGCAAUGUCUGAUGAAGCCAUCAUGGGUCUGAACCUUCCCACUGGCAUCCCCUUCGUUUAUGAACUCGACGAGAACAUCAAGCCUGUCGUUUCUAUGAAGUUCCUUGGUGAUGAAGAGACUGUCAGGAAGGCUAUGGAGGCUGUCGCUGCUCAAGGAAAGGCCAAGUAAACACCAGGCACUCCUAAUGCUCUUGGAAAUCUUUUUGGAGGAGUAGGAGUAGAUUGCUGUUGUAUUAGGUGAACCAAAGUGAUAGAAUGGAUGCCAACAUGUGGCAGUAUUGACUCAACUCAAUGAAUUUGGCUCUGCUAAAAGCAAAAUUAAAGGAUAUCAAGAGGAGUCUAGUCAUCCCAUAUAUGAAAUUUAUUUAUAUCCAGAUUGUGUGUUUUUCUAACCCCACUGGGACCUCAUUUAUCUUUUUUCUAUUGUUCCAAAAAAGACAGAAUCAAAAUAUUUGAUCAUUCCAAAGAAACUGAAAUGAAUCACUUUUGUAUUCACAUCUAAAUUAUGUCUUCUAUUUAUCAUAUACCAUUUAAAAAAAAAAUUAAUAGCAAAGUAUCUUAUUUUGAUGUGCAGAUAAUAUGAAAUAUUGUCUUGGCCAGAGUAGUGAGGAAAUACAGAAAUAUUGUCAUCAUUUGUUGGCAUCACCUUAAUGAAUGUUGGCACAGUGUCAACUGGUGUUAUGUCCCAAAGGGGUUACAUUUUGUCCUUGUGUCGCCAUUCUUUUUGUAUUUAAAAGAGCAGAUUUGAACUUUCUGUUACUUUAUAUUUAUGAAUAUAUAUGUAAACAUUG